AUGACGCAGCGUACCUUUUCCAUCAAUGUCACUUCCGACAAUGUUCCUGGCGAGACACCUGUGCGUCGGUCCAUUCUCGCUCCAUCAGAGCUCAUGAAGAUCCCUGCUCAAGGUGUUGAAACUCUUUAUGACGUCCUCGACUAUGCUGCAACAACCUACAAGGAACGACAUGGUUUUGGAUAUCGUAUCCUUGAAAAGACAUUCAAUGAAGAGAAGGAGAUCAAACGUAGCAACGGCAAAGUGGAUAUCAAGCAAUGGACAUACUAUCAGUUGAGUGGAUAUCACUAUUACAGCUACAACGAGGCUCGAGAGAUGACCAAGAUACUCGGUGCUGGAUUAUACAAAUUGGGCAUGAAAAAGGGUGAUCGAUUGCAUUUGUUUGCUUCUACAAGUGUCGAGUGGAUGAUGAUGGCACAUGCUGCAUUUUCCCAGGCAAUUUCCAUUGUUACAGCUUAUGAUACACUUGGCGCUGAAGGUCUUCAACAUUCAAUCAAUGAAACAAAGAGCUCUGUGUGUUUCAUUAAUGGCGAUCAGCUGAAUGUCUUGGAGGAAAUCUUACCUUCUUGUCCUACCAUCACGCAUAUCAUUUACCGUGGCGACGGCGACGCUUCCGUGGUGGAGCGUUUACUCUCCAACAAACAAGUUCAACAUGUCCUUCCUUUCCAAGAAUUGUUGGUUGUCGGCAAGGCCAAUCUUGUGGAUCCUGUCAAGCCAGCCAGCGAAGAUAUCUGUUGCAUUAUGUAUACCAGUGGCAGUACCGGCAACCCUAAAGGUGUUGUCUUGACCCAUGGCAAUGUGGUAGCUGCAAUUGCCGGUGUUUGUCGUAUGUUGCAGCAUCUUGUUGAAGACAAUGAUACCAUGAUGGCUUACCUCCCUUUGGCACAUGUCCUUGAAUUCCUUGUGGAGAAUCUUUGUAUCUUUUUGGGUCUUACUCUUGGCUAUGGCACUAUCAAGACAUUGACAGAUGCUUCGGUGCGAAACUGCAACGGUGAUUUGAUGGAGUUUGGUCCCACUAUUAUGACAGGCGUACCUCAAGUGUGGGAAACCAUUCGCAAGACCAUUCUUGGCAAAGUGGCUCAGCGAGGUCCACGUAUUGAAUCCGUAUUCCAAGGUGCUUUGAACCUUAAGGAGUAUCUUCAGAGCAUGGGUUUACCUACCGGCUUUUUGGAUCGCAUUAUCUUCAAGAAUGUCAAACAACAACUCGGCGGUCGACUACGUUAUGGCUUAUCAGGUGGUGCACCACUCUCUUCUGAAACACAACAAUUCUUAUCCUUAUCUUUGGCACCUAUCAUCUGUGGAUACGGCAUGACUGAAAGCUGCGGUAUGUGUGCUGUGAUGGCUCCGGAGCAAUUUGCUUUAGGCGAAGUGGGUGCACCUGUACCAUGCGUUGAGGUGAAGCUGGUUGAUGUGCCUGAGCUUGGUUACCUAAGCAGCAACAAGGAUCGUCCACAAGGUGAAAUUUGGAUUCGUGGCCCAUCUGUCACUUCCGGUUACUACAACCAAGAGGAACUUACAAAGGAAACCAUUACGUCUGAUGGCUGGCUCAAGACGGGUGAUAUCGGUGAAUGGAAUGCUACUGGUACCAUUACUAUCAUUGAUCGCAAAAAGAACCUCGUAAAGUUGAGCAAUGGCGAAUACAUUGCCUUGGAAAAAGCCGAAAGUAUCUACAAGACUUGCGUUAUUGUGGAGAACAUGUGCAUGUACGUGGAUCCCUUAUACCCCAAACCCGUGGGUCUCGUCGUGCCUGUGGAAAAGUCCCUUCGAUCGUUGGCAGCCAACAAUGGUAUCCAUGUUGAGGAUUGGGAGCAAUUAUGUGCCGAUCGUCGAGUACGUAAACUCGUUCUGGAUAUGCUGCAUACCCAAGCAAAACAAUCAGGACUCAAGGGUGCCGAACUUAUGCACGACAUUUGGCUUUGCAAGGAUCUUUGGACAACAGAGAUGGGCUUGUUGACUCCAGCACAAAAGAUCAAGCGAAAGGAAAUCAGCGAGACCUAUGCCAAAGAAUUGAAGGACAUGAUUUCAUCACAAAAGCAAUGA